AUGAUGGACGCUAAGCUCAAAGAGGACACUGGCAACAAUCGUAACCUAUGCCCUCGGACGCAAUCUUUCACUGAAUCACUAAGUGAUAAUGCCACCGACAUCCACGGUACACAAGAGGCCGACCAGCAAAAUGCAAGGAAGCAGGGUGGGAAGACAGGCCUCUGUGGAAAAAACGACUCAGCGGAGGAUGGCCUGCAAUCCAUGACAAUUCGAUCGAAGAAAAUUGAUAUACUGUCCUCACGCAAGACUGGCGACAAAUCUGCGUGCAAAAAGUAUCAGAAAAUCUGCAAAAUCGGUGAAGGUGCUUACGGAAUAGUGUACAAAUGCCGCGAUUCAACGAUCGAUCGUCUGGUAGCAAUCAAGCAGUUCACGGCAUCUGAGGAUGAUCCGGAUAUUAGAAAAAUGGCGAUGCGCGAAAUUAGGAUGCUCAAGCGUUUGAAGCAUCCAAAUCUGGUAAACCUGAUUGAAGUUUUCCGGAAGAAAAAACGUCUGCACUUGGUUUUUGAAUAUAUUGACAACACAUUGCUUAAUGAAUUGGAACAACGCCCUUGCAGGCUGGACGCUACCAAGAUAAAGAAAAUCACAUGGCAACUUCUGCUUGCAAUCGAAUUCUGCCAUCACUCAAAUUGUAUCCACAGAGAUAUAAAACCAGAGAAUAUUCUCAUCAGCAAUACGGACGAGGUGAAACUAUGCGAUUUCGGGUUCGCGCGGUUCACGACUGGAUCUGGUGGGGAUUACACUGACUACGUGGCAACGCGAUGGUACAGGGCACCGGAGCUGCUUGUGGGCGACACUCAAUACGGAACACCUGUGGACGUAUGGGCAAUCGGAUGUGUGUUCGCUGAACUGAUCUCUAGUAAACCACUUUGGCCUGGCUCAUCUGAUCUAGAUCAACUGUAUUUGAUUACCAGAAAUAUGGGAAAUCUUAUCAAUCGUCACCGAAAAAUAUUUGCCGAAAGUAGAUACUUCGAUGGUAUUCAGUUGCCGACGGUCACGAAUAUGGUGAGUUUGGAUAAACGUUUUGAGAAAGAUCCGCGUGGCUUGUUCGGUCCAACAGAAACGGACUUUAUGCUGUGCUGCCUACGUAUGAAUCCAGAAGAACGUUGGACGUGUUCAGAACUUUUGAAGCACCCAUAUUUCAGCAAUAUAGAAGAGAUCAGCGAACACGCAUUACUACCAGUCGUGACACAAGAUACCUUAAAUCCCUCUCACGCGUUACAUGCUUCUUAUGAACAGCAUCAUGCGAACGUACCGGUGGAGGAACGGCGAGACCAGCUACAAAUUGCAGAAGUCAGUAGGUCAGAGAAGAAGCCUACACAAAUACAGCAAGCUUCUUCUUUUGCUUUUCCUUUGCGAGCUUCAUUCAACCCAAGGAUGAAGUUGGGUGCAUUCCAUACGAACUACGCCAAUGUCUUUGCCUCCCCUGACCCGCGCCACCCACACGCUGCUGGAACACAUGAUGUCCAAGGCAAUGCCAGGAACAUUUCGCAAAUCCAGCCGAAACAAACACAGCGUUUAGACAAUUCCUAUGGCCUUAUAAUUCGUCCGGUUCAUCUAUCCUCUACACAAACGGCUGUGACUAGUCUUGAUGAAACUAACAUAAACAAGUCCCAACCCACACCAUCAAAAACACUGCUGCAGAUACCGAUGACUUCGAUCGGAUGCGUUCGUGAUGCCAGUUUGAACCUGACCAGGAUUCGUAAAUGCACUAUUCACCGAUCUCCGGCACGCAGCACUACCAGUCAGCCAGAAGAUGAAUCCAUCAGCGUUCCUUGA